CGCGUUAUUGGAGGUAAAGCAGGCAGAGUGGGGUAUUGAGGGCAAGAUGCACAAGGAUAUUGUGACAGUGUGGGCGAUCGAUUAUCAGGCUGCUUGGGAGGCGGCACAGCAAGAAUGCAUGUCGGCCUUUGGAGGUUCACCAGACUUCGCUGGAGAACAGCAGAUCGUCUUUCCGGUUCCAACAUCGACUACGUCGUCUCCCCGAGCUCCAAGGCUGGAUGUGCGCCCUCUUCAGACGUCAGGGCCAUCUGAAAAUCGUGUCAACUUGCUUUUCCUUUCUGAUGGAUAUACCGUAUCGGAAGAAAACAAAUUCUUUGCUGACGCUCAGACGCUGGUGGAUGCGGUAGGUGUACGAGAAGAGGAGGCUUUUGGAAGCGUAAAAGGAUUGGUGAAUUGGUGGGCGGGGUUCGUCCCCAGUCGCGAGAGUGGCGUUGGCACAUCUGGGAUGCCGAAAGACACCAUUUUCGGUCUGUACCGACCUGGGACUGAGCUGCGGGGACUGUAUUAUGCGUAUCCUGAGGUAGCAAGGGCAGCUUGUCGUUCCAUGGGUAGGCAGUGCGAUUACCCCAUUCUACUUGGAAACUCGCCGUACUAUGGAGGUUUGGGGGGCGAAUUCACCACCAUUACGUCUUCCUUCGUCAAUGGCCCCCUAGUACUUCGACAUGAGCUAGGGCACUCGAUUAUCGAUGUCGGAGAGGAGUACGACGGCGGCGGGUAUUUUGGUGUGAACGCGGCACCUUCCUUCGUAAACCUCUCAUGGGCCCACUGGCUUAGCGUACCCGAACGCAUCCGAGCGGAGCUUAAUGCCCUUCCGCUGCUGGACUAUGCAUGGACGAUGCUUAAUUCUACGACACCUUGGAGCACGACAUUCACUACCACCGGCCUCUUCCCUCGUGCUCUAUUGCGUUUCUCCCUGUCCGGUGUUCCCCGUGUCUCCGAUCUCAUCGUUCGACUCGACGGCCACAGUCUGCCCUGGUUGCCGAAACCGGACAUUGGGAUGGACCGGUGGUUCUACGACAUCCCGAAUAUUGGCGGUCCAAGUGGGCUGGCCGCAGGAGAUCACUUGCUCGAGUUUGCACUGACUUACGUUGGUCAGGAAGGGGAAGCACAGUUAUGCAACGUCGAGCUGUUCGAGUAUGGGAAUGAGGAUGAGUUCAACACCAGCGAAGGCUUCAUCGGCGCAUUCCCUACCUACUCAGACGAGCCGCCAUACGACCUCAUUGGCAAGCCAAAACACUGGAACGUCACCUCCUACCGCCCGACGAACGAAGGCUGCCUCAUGCGGCAAGUGACAACUUCCAACUUCUGUUCCGUUUGCAAAGAGGAGCUCUGGAUGCGACUCCUCGCCCGUGUUGACCUGAUCGACGACGUUAUCGUUACUUGUACGCCCAAGUUAGCCAGGAGGAUUAGUCUUGAGGUCGCUCCUGUGCCCGGGCUAGAGAUUAAGUGGUCAAAGGAUGGCGAGUAUGUGCCUGAGUUUGAGGGGAUGAGGACAGUCGAGCUUUCUAAAGGGCACAGCUUGGGGGUGUGGGACGUGAACGUGACAUUGAGGACACCAGAGAUUAGGCGGGACGAGCACGGAUAUACUGAAGCGACGAGGAGGGUGGUCAUCACCACGCCCUGUCCUCUAGAUCGGCGGUAA